CUAUUUUUAGGUUUCAACUUUCAACCAAAAACCCAACAAAAUUCCAUAAACAUCACCAUUCACGAACAACUGGAUGAUUCCUUUCUUUUGAACCCUUCUUUUUUCUCUUUCGUUUUGACAUAAAUUGGAUCAUUUAGUUCAUUAGUUGUGUGAAAACAAAAAAAGCAGAGAGAUCUGAUGGCUUCUUCAUUGGAAAAUCUGGGGAGCAUAGAAUCAUGGGCGUUUCGUCCUACUUUUACUGAUUCAUGGCUCUGUGAAGCUUUUUCUCGUGAUACCGAAGCUCUAACCAAGGCGCUUCAAGACUCCAUUUCUAACACUGAUCGUCUUUCUUCUUUUUCCCCGCUCUUCUCGCUCGUUAACUCCGACCCUUUACCGACGCCAACCGGCUCAAAUAUUUCCGGUUCCGAUCAUGAAACCAUGCUUAAACGUCAACGGAAACUCGACCUCCCUCCGACGGGGAAAGUGUCCAAAUCCAAACGCAAGUCCCGAUCCUCCAAGCGCUCCCAAACCACUUUCAUAAAAGCGGAUCCGACCAAUUUCAGGCAGAUGGUGCAGCAGGUGACCGGGGUCAGAUUUGGUAACGCUCAGAUGUCUCCCGGUCCGAUCUUGAAGCCGGAGCCCCAGAGACCCGGAAGCUUGCCUACGCUGGACACAUCGGCGUUUUUACUGGAUCACCGUCAGCCGUUUUCGGGAGGUGUUGCAGUGUCUGGCGUAGUUCCGUUGCAGUCUCCUGUGGUGGCCAACGCUGGAGCUUCCUCGGAUUGCGACAGUUUGCUUUGCUUUCCCACUCUAGAAUCAUGGAAAGCUUAGGGUUUUAUUGGUUGCUUUUUUCAAUUAGCAGUUGUUUUGUACCUUUUUUCCCCUUGUAGCUUUAUGAUUAUCAAAGAAGGAUAUGAGAGGAGCUGUUAAUAUAGUUAAUUUUCCCCUUUUUUUACU